UGUGAUGACGCACUGACGCACAGUUACCUCAGAGACGACCAGGCGAACGGUCAACGCCAAUGCGAUGGUAGCAGGGACUCACAAGGCCGUAGCGGAAGGGAAGAGGGUUUUUUAUGUGAAGCAGUGCAUCGGCAGCACACACAGGCUUUAACUUUAGCCCGCCAUGACCGCGAAGCUGUGGUUUUAGGCUAAACAAGCUUCUCGUUUGCAGCUGACGCGCCGUGUCAACACAAAGGCCUAUGUAGCUGGCUAGCUCCUCGGCUAGCUAGCUAGCAAGGGGUUGAACGCCAACCUCUGCUGCAGCAAAAGGAACUGGCGUGACAUUUUUUGAUGUUUUACUUGUAGCGUAGUGAAUCUCCUCCCCAGAGACGACGACAUUUGAGGGUUUCCUCGCUUUUCCACUACAAUGACGGAACAGGGCGCAGUGGUAAUGCAGCAGAAUUUGGACAGGAGCUGCUGGGUGUGCUUCGCCACAGAUGAAGACGACCGCACAGCAGAAUGGGUGCGUCCCUGUCACUGCCGCGGCUCCACCAAGUGGGUUCACCAAGCCUGCCUGCAGCGCUGGGUGGACGAAAAGCAGCGUGGCAACAGCACUGCACGCGUGACCUGCCCACAGUGCAACGCAGAGUACCUCAUCGUCUUUCCCAAACUUGGUCCAGUGGUCUACGUGCUGGACCUGGCCGACCGGCUCAUCUCUAAGGCCGGACCCUUUGCGGCAGCCGGCAUCAUGGUGGGCUCCAUCUACUGGACUGCCGUCACAUAUGGAGCUGUCACCGUCAUGCAGGUGGUCGGACAUAAGGAGGGCCUGGAUGUUAUGGAGCGGGCCGACCCUUUGUUCCUGUUAAUCGGCCUGCCCACCAUCCCCGUCAUGCUGAUCCUGGGCAAGAUGAUCCGCUGGGAGGACUACGUGCUGCGUCUGUGGAGGAAGUACUCCACCAAACUGCAGAUCCUCAACAGCAUCUUUCCAGGGAUUGGCUGUCCAGUUCCCCGGAUCCCGGCAGAGGCCAGCCCCCUGGCCGACCACGUGUCGGCCACACGGAUCCUGUGCGGCGCCCUGGUUUUCCCCACCAUCGCUACCAUAGUGGGGAAGCUGAUGUUCAGCAGUGUCAACUCCAACCUACAGAGGACCAUCCUGGGAGGAAUCGCCUUCGUGGCCAUCAAGGGAGCGUUUAAGGUGUACUUCAAACAGCAGCAGUACCAGAGGCAAGCUCACCGCAAGAUCCUCAACUUCCCCGAGCAGGAGGAGGCCUGAGGAGGAGGAGGAGGAGGAGGAGGCCUGAGGAGGCGGAGGAGGCGACGGAGGGAGGACGACCGGAUGAACCACACACACACCCCCACACAACCACCUACAGUACAGUACACACACUUCUGCCUUUAGGGGUCAGGGGGCGGAGGAGGAAAUGAACACGUCAGACUCGGGAUCAGUGUCACCCGCACCUACCUGCUCCUCACCCCUCUCCCCCUUCCUGAAGCAUUCAUCACAAGGAUCCCAAGUACCGCCGCUUCACUUUUAACCUUCCGACGUGUUUGUUGGGUGAAGACGGAUCAGACUGACGCACACAGAGCAGAGCAUGUUUGCAGUUUCACACACACACACACACACACACACACACACACACACACACACACAGGCCAAACAUCUCUUCUCUAAGAACCGGUGCCGGGUGGAUUUGUCACAUAAACUAACACCUAUUGUAAACAUAAGUGUAUUUUAAAGGACAUCAAAUAUGUGGGGCAUGUGUAAUUAUAAAGUUUUAUAACAUUAAUAAAUGACUGUUUUAUAAUGUUUAUUUUGCAGAUUUUGAAAAGUCCCAUUUGCCAAUGUUGGAGGAUUUAUAACGACAGAGGAAUAUGUUGAGUAUUUGGAAUGUAUUACAGAGGAAACAACUGUGCAGACAGGAUGCAGUGCGUCAACGCAGCCAGGAGGGGGCGUGUCGAGGUUUCAACUGACGGUACGAAAACCCACUGACCACCGAGCAGAAGCUAAAGCACAGCCUUUUAUUUAUUUGCUUCCUCCUCGUACCCCGGAAGUGUUCACGCCUGUUGCUUUAUCUCCACUUCCCCCCCCUCCCCCAAAAGAAGCUCUUCUGUGGUUGUGUUUAAUCUCGACCAUCACCACAGUGGUGCAGGUGCACAGCCUGUUGCUAUGACACCACCCCCCCCCCUCCGGCUGCGUGGAUCUUUUCUGCAGCACGUUGGCGAUGUGACACUUCGCUGAAAGAACUCGGGAACUUGAACAGUUUUUCUUUCCCUCUCUUUAGUUUUAUUUAACAAAAUCCUUUUCUUUUCUUCAUUGUCACUGUUCCUCCGUCAUGUGACCCUCGGGCUGCGGCUCAGCUCGGACACGAGUGGCAGUUUUGAAAUGAGUCAUGGAAGCAGCCGACACUUUGGACAGUCACACCAAUGACGAGCCAUAUUUCCUCUAGUGGCGCGAAGCCAUGCAGAUAUUUUAGUUUUUUAAAUUUCUGCUUCAACCAUGGAGAUGAAAAAUCACCUAUAAAAAAUGCCAUCUCUGGUACCACUGUAGACGGAGACACCGUUCAAACCAACAGCAGAGAUGUACUGGUGAACACAAUCUGGACUCGAGUGGAAUUCAGUCGUUUGAUCUCAAGUGUGCUGAGUGUUUAACAUGAGACCAGAUGUGUUUGUGUAGAUCAUUGGGAGUGUAACGUGAUCACUUGGAUUUAUUGUGCUGCAUUCUGCCACUGAGGACACGUGACAGCCUGUGGUCUGGGACUUCCUGGCGACCUACGUGGAAUAAUUAACAUGCACAUGUAAACUGUGCCUGUUUUACAGAUGUUUCCCCAAACCCAUCCCUGUACAUUCACCGUUCAGUCUCCACUCUGCCAAAAUAAGUGUGAACUGUGUUUGUUGCUUCUGACUCUGGAGUUUAAUGGUUUCAGUUCUGUGAAUAAAUGUAUUUUUCCAAA